AGCGGCGACGAAGCUAUUUGAGGUGAGCGUGUUGGCUAGCCCUACGGUGCCACCCUGCCCCAAGAGUUUUAGUGGCACUGUGGCUUUGCCCGUGGGCACACCACACCACACCUUGUCAUCCCUUCACCGUUCAUCCGUUCUUAUCCCUCUUCUCCCAAAGGAAUUGGCUGCGUCAUGUCGGUGUGACUAUUUUCUUCCAAACCGCUGUGUGUGGGAUUUGUGUUGAUAACAGAAAAGAGGGGGGCAUCUUUAGUGUUAGUUGUUCUUGGUAGAUGUAUGGAAUGGACCGUCGAGAUUCUUUCGCGAGUUGCAAGAGUGACAGUGAAUACGAUGGAGAUUCCGACGCUGGGAGUUAUUCCAACUUGAGCUCUGGCGAGAUACAGCUGGGAGGCGAUCGGUCACGUCACUCUCAAUCGUCGGCGGAUUCACUGUCCGGUGUUGGUGGGAGACCCCGAAGGCCUACAACGCCUCUCGGCAAAGACCUCCUCCACCGUAGAAGUGGCGUUAAACGCCAAGCACCGAAGCCUCCUGCUGCUGCUGCCGCCACACCUACGACAAAUAUCACCCAGUCGACAUCUCCGGUAACCACAGUCCAUCUGCAAUUCGAACCGAUGCCUCCCCCAGGUCCUUCUACAAGCAACCCUUUCCCUUUGGAGCAGACUCGUAAAAUAACAAAAAUUAUCAGUGAAUCUGUAGCCAUGGACCCCUUACUCCCAGCAUCUCCUGCAAUCACCGAAUUAUCUCAUUCUGGACCAAUUGAACGUCCUGAAGUAGUGAGGCAAAUGGCGUCUCUCUCUCAGUCGUUGCCUUCUAGUCAGGUUCUCGCUGCAGAGUCUCAGUCAUUUUAUCAAAAGCACUCGCCCGAAUUGUCCCAGUGCCGACCUGGUCACAUGAUACCACUUCAGCAUGCGCCUCGUUAUCAUCAAUUUGCUGCUGUGUCACCCCCUCAACGAGUGUCAAGUGGCACGCCCAUGGAAUACGGUCGACCUCUGUCGCCAUCCCGACCCAUGUCGCCAUCCCGUCCCAUGUCGCCAUCCCGACCCAUGUCACCAUCCCGACCCAUGUCGCCAUCCCGACCCAUGUCGCCAUCCCGUCCCAUGUCGCCAUCCCGACCCAUGUCACCCCAGCGAACCAUCCCAACGUCUAGGGGUGGCCCUGUAUUGGGGCCACAACCUGGAAGGGUGAUGUCGCCCGUCCGGAAGCAGCAGGACCCUCUUUCCCAGCACUCUGGGUCGUACCUGGAGACGUCGUCGCCGCAGGGCCUCUCACACCCUCGUGUAUUACCCCAAACACCUCACCGAACUGCUACAUCACAAGCGGGUGCUCAAAAUCUCGGUAAAUUAAGGAUACGGCUGAUUGACGAGGAAUCAGACUCGGAGGCUUAUCAGUCAGAUGCUACUGAAGAUAUAAGAGAGUUGCAGGGAGAUCGCGCUCUCAUGCAUCAUAGACCUUCGAUUGGUAGCGGGGGUUAUCCUACGGACCGAGUCGUUCAGGAAACCAUGACCAAUGGCCAAGAGAACUUCGACUAUUUUAGCAGCUUUGACGAAUCCUCUAUUUCUGAAGUAGGUUCGGAGCCCUCUAUAGAAGUGCAGCCCACAGUAGUGAUGAGAGGUCGCGCCAGACGUCUCGCCCAUUCUACUUCCGACCCAGGAGUGUCACGCCCCCCACGCUUGUCACGUCUUCAGGAACAUCCGCGAGCCCCUGGCAUGGCAGCGUCGCCUCCGCCUUUAGACCAGCUGAGCGAGGAAGACAUCACCCAGGUCGAAUACGAAGAACGACAGACGGAUGAACGUGUAACGCCAGGAAUCCAGCGUACCGACUCCAUGGUGACCGUCGCCCACCUCUACGAAGACGUUCUGGUCUCGUCACGACUAAGAAUUCGAGUCACCCUGACCAACCUCACAGUGGUGGUGGUGGUAGCUGCCCUCGUCCUCCCUAACACUGCCAUUAUGCUGUACACGGCCUUCAGAUUAGUGUUCGGAACGCUGUUCCCAGCCUACUAUUCGUACAAGGCUGUGAAGACGAAAAACGUCAAAGAAUAUGUAAAAUGGAUGAUGUACUGGAUUGUAUUCGCCUUCUUUACAUGCUUCGAGACAGUUACAGACCUCUUCCUCAGUUUCUGGUUCCCCUUCUACUACGAGCUCAAAAUACUAGUGGUGCUGUGGUUGCUGUCUCCAGCCACUCGAGGCUCUUCCAUACUUUACCGCAAGUUUGUCCAUCCUUGGUUGACCCGCCGGGAAGAUGACAUUGAUAACUGUAUUGCCCAAGCAAAACAGCAAGGUUAUUCUACUGUCAUUCAGCUGGGUACCAAAGGAGUUAAUUACGCCACAACUGUUUUAAUGCAGACUGCAAUUAAGGGUGGUGGCGGUCUUGUUAAUCAGUUAAGGCGCAGUUAUAGCUCUGGUGAGCUCUCUGAUGGCGACAUGAAUCGUAAUGUGAAGGCCUUGCCACACAUUCCUGAUGAUAAUUAUGAUGAUCACCCUCACUCCUCAGGACCAUUUGAAUCUGAAACACGUGUACGUGCAGAAAGUGAUGCUGCUUAUAGGUCUCGUGGAUCGUCAGUGAAUCGUGGCAUACGUUCUAACAAGACUAGAUCGGCAGAUGUCACUGAUUAUUAUCAAGAUUCUGAUGAAGCUGUUCAGCGAAGGCGCUCUCCUCGAACUCAGGACACUGCCAGAUCUCAGCCUACGCUACACUUCCAAGAACCAUCAACAAAAGGACAGCAACGAAAAAGAGGCAAGUCUGAGAAUCGACCCAGACCAAAAUCAAUGAAUGUCCAGAGUAUAAUAGCAGAAAGCAAACGUGAUUUCCACCAGAUCAAUGCAACAGAUGUAUCACGAGGUGCCGAGUGGGCAAGAGCUCAACGUGUAGGCUCUACAAUGUCACUUAACAGUGAGGUGGAGAUGUCAGAGUCUUCAUCACAUUCUUCUUUAGCCUCAGUCGCCUCCACUGCACAAGGACAGCAUUCUGUUCGACCAAAGACUCGCACUGGGUCAACUCGUCGGCCAAGGGUCAACUCCCAGGGUAGAAAGACAACAGGCUCAACCUCCAGAACGCGAGCUCAGACAGCCGCUGUUGUGAAGACAAGUUCCCUUGAAGCAGCUUCUGAGUCUGAGUGAAACUGGGUGGAUAUUAGUAGCUCACAUAUGUCAUAGUAAUGCAAUUUAUUUUCAUUGUUAAUGUGUAUGAUCUGUGAUUUAGAGGUUUAUGGAGAAUAAAGGCAUAUCUGCAGAUAGAGAUCUAUGUACAGUAUUCUACUCCAGAUAUUGCCAGUGAUACUGAACCUGGAUCUAAAUGUUCUCAUUCCUUCCUGAUCCUUUUAUUUUUUUUAACCAUUUUUAGGAUUUUUAAUUAAAUUCUGCCAUAUGAAUGAGGAUGUUUACUUGCAAGAUUGAUUAUAUUUUUUUGUAUAACAGCCCCAAAACAAAUUAACUUCAUUUUUUUAUUUUUCCUUUUAUAAUGGUACAGUAUGAGUGUGGCAUUUGAGUACUGUUUACUUAUGUUUUGCAUUUUUAAGUUUUGUUUUGAAUAUAAAGACCAAUAGCUGCAGAGCAACUAAACCCACUUUACAUUGUUUGAAUACUUUGUUAAUGGAAUAUACCACAAGUUUUUCUUUUUUCUUAUUGUGGUUCAACACCUUCCAAGUUCUGUUGGGUUUCUGCACAAAUGUUAAUUGGUAUAGAUCGGUUGAAUUUCCUGCCUGAAGACUUGAACAGGUUGAUAAGGGUGAGUAUGGGUCUUCCUAUGUGAAUAUUUGCUGUGGUGUACAUAUAUAAGAAUACAGUGAUUACUGAAGUGAGAAUGAUAUUUAAAGUUUUGUAUAUAAAAGAGAAGCUUUUAAAUUAAACUAUUAGCAUUUACUUGCAAGUGGUGUUCUUAUGCUGUACAGGGAGAUUUAAUGGUCACAUUUAUUAUGAAUAGUUGUUUGACACUGUAUUGUAUCUAAUACAAGUUACACAUUCAAGUUUGUCUGCAGUGAUAUUUUGCAUCCAAACAUUCUAUAGCUCUUUAUUAAAAAAGGCAUAUCAUACAGAAAAAAGUAAUGAAUGCACAUGUAUAUAUGAUUUUGUUACAGCACAGCAUGGUCCAGGUUUGUUACUGUACCUUGAACAUUUAUAUAUUAAUGAAGCAAAGUUAAGAAGAUUCAAAGUAAUCAGUGAUGAUCGACAAGCUAUAUACAUACAAGAGUGCUUAUAUUGCAUGUUACCUAACAGCCAUUUUACAAAUAUGUUUGGACAGGUCACACAUUAGUGUAUCAGUGUAGUGAUGUAGUUGUCCGUAAUUCUGCUCAUAUAGGCUUGGCAGAUCAAAUGACUGAGGCUUUUCUUGGACAGUUCUGUGACAAUAAAUAUGAUUGCCAUCACAUUGAUGUUCACUGUGAGGCACAAUCAUUUCCAGGAAAUUUUACCUAAAACAAGGAAGGCCUCAUUGCUUAAAAUAGAGAUUUUACUCUACCUUGACUGAGCAGCACUUACUUUCAGAAUAUCAUAUUCUAGUGUCACUGAUGUUUAGAAUAUUUUACACCCAGAAAUAAUUUUGUCUGGAAUACUUAAGUAGGUAAAGUACCAUUGCAUCUAAUGUGUGGUUUUCUAUGCUAAAACAAUAGAAUUCUAGAGCUGUUAUUACCCUUUUCAAGCUUGAAUCAUUUUAUGUGCCAUUGCUACCAUUGUUACAGAGGGAGAAGUAUUAUCUUAAUGUAUGGUACUGUGCUUUAUGUUUGUUUUCUCUUGAUUCAGGAAAUCAUGCUGUAUAAUUUAAUCUUUUUUUUUACUACUUUUUGCUCUUUUUAUAGUUGUAAUUGCAUAAAUUGUAACUCCUGUUUAUGUUAUGUCUGUAUGAUUGUAUAAGCAUAAAUAAAGAAUGAGAGCCAAAA